UCUGCUUUCCCAGGAAACUUCAAGCAGCCCGAACUGGCUCUUCCAAAUGAAGUGCUAACAAGAUGACUCUGGCAGGAAGCUCCACUGUAAACAGAAAGGCAGAGAAGCAGCCACCGGCAGCAAGAAGCCGGCCCUAGCUGCCAAGGAGCCUGAGAGAUGGAGCUGUCCUCCCACCCGGCUUCCCCAAACAGUUUUCAAGGACCGGACGGGAUGGAAAACCUCGGCAGCAUCCUGAAGCAAAAAGCAACCGAGAAGCAUCACAGAGCUGAGGUCAUGAUCGCAGGGGAGCAACUGAGGCUUCGACUCCACGAUGGCAAGCUUAUUAAGGACAGGCGAUACCACCUUCGCACCUACCCCAAUUGCUUUGUGGCCAAGGAGCUCACCGAUUGGUUGAUUGACCACAAAGAAGCACCAGACCGAGAAACAGGCAUCCGGCUGAUGCAGAAGCUCAUGGACCAUUAUAUUAUCCAUCACGUGUGCGACGAGCAUUUCGACUACAAGGACGCCAAGCUGCUGUAUCGCUUCCGCAAGGACGACGGGACCUUUCCUCUCAACAAAGAUGUGAAGGUGUUCAUGAGGGGCCAGAGCCUCUAUGAGACGCUCAUCAGCGUAGAGGACUCGAUCCUGAAAGUCAGAGAGGAGAACUCGGUGAAGUACCAAAGGACUUUUCUGGCCUGCGAAAUGAUCGACUGGUUGGUCCAGGAAGGAGAGGCAGCAAACCGGAAAGAAGCCGUGGAGCUUUGCCAAGUCCUCCUUGAACAUGGGAUUAUCCAGCAUGUGGCCGGCCGGCACCACUUCUAUGACGGCAACCUUCUCUAUCAGUUCCGCAUCAAUUUCCGCCGGAGGAGACGUCUUGCGGAGCUGCUCAGCGAAAACUCCUCCAGGGCCCUUUCAGACAGCCCCGACAGCCCCUUCUGCCUCCGCAAGCUCAACCCUGAGCAGAACAGCUGCAGCUUCUUGUCUGUUCAACCCAAUAAAGAAAUCAAAACAGUCUCAGCGGUUCGAAGGAGCAGCGUCACCUCACUGGCUGGGGGAGCCAACCCCUACUUCAAUCUCUCCCCGAGUUUGGGGUUCCUGCCAGCUGUGGAAUGCAACCCCAAAUCUGUAUUAAAGAGGCCUGUCACCAAUGAGGAGCUUCUGACCCCUGGGGCACCGUACAUCAAGAAAACGCUGACGAUUGUGGGCGAUGCAGUUGGCUGGGGAUUUGUGGUCCGUGGAGGUCAGCCAUGCCACAUCCAGGCUGUGGAUCCAGGAGGACCGGCUGCAGCUGCUGGCAUGAAGGUCUGCCAGUUUGUCUAUUCUGUGAACGGGAUGUAUGUCUUACAUCUGGACUAUCAGACCAUUAGCAGCCUCAUCAUGACCGGACCUCGAACUCUUGUGCUGGAGAUUAUGGAAGCCACUGAAUGAGUGAAAAGGCCAUGCGUCGACUUCCUUUUCCGCAAACCCGCAAGUCCUUGCCUGAGGCCACCAACCAUAUUUCACGAGCUGUGGAUGAGACGAUCGAUCUAAGUGAAUCCUCUAAACCCAGAAGGGACUCAGCGUUUCCUCUUAUGCCUACUAGCUAAUAAGGAGGUGGAUUCUUUUUAAAAAGAGU